UUUUCCCUCAAUAUUGAGUUGCCCUUGAUGGUUGGGUGUGCCAAACACCCAAUUUUUUCUUUCAUUGAGCAAUAGGACUGAGGCAUUUAACUCCUUUCCCCGCUCUAAGAGUUCGGGCUUGGGCUUGUGAAUGUGAUGUUGAUCUCCUUUAGCUUGUAAUCGUUUCUUUCUUUAUGUAAAACUUCAAAUUUUGAUUCAGAACAGAAGACUUUGUAAAGGUGAGCUUCUUUUUUUCUUACUUGAGCUGUUGAAGCCUUCAAAGUAACAAAUUAGAACCGUUGAAAAGGGGUUUACAGUACUACUGAGUGCUGUCCCCACCUUUUUUUUAUUGUUCAAUAUGCAACUCAUUGAAGUCCCAUUUACAGUAGGGGAGGUCCAAAUUCCAGCAGGCUUUACUCACAUUUCACUAAAAAAAAACCUAAGAAAAAUCAUACAGUAACCAAACCCUGACUCUGGUUUCUUUUCUAUCUAUAAAAAGCCUACCAUGGUUAGAAGCUUAGUGAUAUAAUCCAGGCAGUCCUUUCCUUUCCUUUUUCUCCUCUUACAUGCUUCUUGGUACCCAAGGUUUCAGCCAUGGCGACAAUGCUGAGAUCUCUGCUAACUUUCACACUCUUCACGCUUCUUUUCUCCUACGUUUCUGCAACAACAAUAACACUCUACAACAAGUGCCCUCAUCCAGUGUGGCCAGGUAUCCAACCCAGCGAUGGGAAGCCACUUUUAGCUCGCGGUGGCUUUAAACUUCGACCCAACAAGGCCUACUCCAUGCGUCUCCCUCCCCUCUGGUCCGGUCGUUUCUGGGGUCGUCACGGCUGCUCCUUCGACGCAUCCGGACGCGGCCGUUGCGCUACUGGUGACUGCGGCGGUUCCCUCUUCUGUAACGGCCUCGGCGGUGCCCCGCCUGCUACGCUAGCCGAAAUCACCCUCGGCCAGGACCAGGAUUUCUACGACGUGAGCUUGGUGGAUGGCUACAACAUAGCAAUGUCAAUAACCCCAUUCAAAGGCUCAGGCAAAUGUAGCUACGCUGGGUGUGUGAGUGACUUGAACUUAAUGUGCCCCGUUGGUUUACAAGUGAGAUCGAAGGAUAACAAGCGAGUGGUAGCUUGUAAAAGUGCUUGCUUUGCUUUCAACUCGCCGAGGUAUUGCUGCACUGGGACCUUCGGGAACCCCCAGUCAUGCAAGCCAACAGCGUAUUCGAAGAUUUUCAAGGCAGCUUGUCCCAAAGCAUAUUCCUAUGCAUACGAUGAUCCAACCAGCAUUGCUACUUGCACCCGCGGCAAUUAUUUGGUCACUUUUUGCCCCCAUCGUCGCUAGAAUUGUUAUUUUAUAUAUACUUAGUAAUAACUAUCAUCAAAGUUAGAUGCUAUAUCUACUACGUAUAUUACUUACUGUCUAAUAUCUUCGUAUACUAUAUGUUGCUUUCUAUGUAGUAGUGGGACUUAUUAAUUAGAAACAUUUUAUUAUAUAUGGCGAAUUUUUGUUAGCUUUUUUCUUAUUAGAUCUGCUAAUAAGAGAAUAUCUGUGUGGGUGGCGGUGGUGUUGGCCACUGGCCAGUGGGGGCCAUGGGUCCUUGACCACGUGAGCUGCAGUUAAGAUCUUUGAAUAUAUUGACAAAAAAAAGGUAUCUAUGGCA